AUGGCAAAGGGUUUCCAUUCUGCCACAGAGUGGCUGCUGCCCGAGAGAAAACCUCCCAAAGGUGCCUUCACCAUUGACAGUCUUCUUGGGUUGGGGGAGAGUCGGCAACAGUCUCCAACAAUAACUCUUUAUCGCCCGUGGGUUGAGCUCAACAUUACAGCUUCCGCAAGGCCGACCCCCAACCCCUGUGACCCUCUACCUGUCCUGAGGGGUCAGACAGUGUGUGCCAAGCUGUGCCCUGGGGCAGACUGGCUCAGUCACCCACACAACUGUAGCUGGUACCGAGGGCGGAGAGCCAGGACUGUGUUCAGCAGGAGCCAGAUUGAAGUAUUGGAGGAAGCAUUUCGUCGGAAUUGUUACCCAGGGAUAGAUGUUCGUGAACAACUUGCUCACAAGUUGACUCUCGAUGAAGACAGAAUUCAGAUCUGGUUCCAGAAUCGUCGAGCAAAGCAGAAAAGAUCUCACCAUGAAUCUCAGUUUCUGAUUGUGAAAAACGCACUGAUGUCCGGUUCAAUUGUACCCAAACAGGAGGAGAAACAUGAACAUCAAAGCAUCUAA